UAAAAGGCCCAGUGCCCUAACAACCCUAACUUGUACCUCAUAUAAAACUUAGCGCCGCCAUAAUUCACUCAACUACAAAAUCCACAACUUGCUACCUAUUUUCUUGCCGAAGGCACUAUGGUGAAGUACUCUAAAGAGCCUGAUAAUCCCACCAAAUCCUGCAAAGCCCGGGGUGCUGCUCUCAGAGUUCACUUCAAGAACACAAGGGAAACGGCGCACGCUGUCAGGAAGCUUCCUCUGGUUAAGGCGAAAAGGUAUUUGGAGGAUGUGUUGGCCCACAAGCAAGCCAUACCAUUCACACGCUUCUGUCGCGGGGUUGGCCGAACUGCUCAGGCUAAGAAUAGGCACUCAAAUGGUCAAGGACGUUGGCCAGUCAAGUCUGCCGGAUUUAUUCUUGAUUUGCUCAAGAACGCAGAGAGCAAUGCUGAGGUGAAAGGGUUGGAUGUAGAUUCACUUUAUAUUUCUCAUAUUCAAGUUAACCUAGCACAAAAGCAAAGACACCGAACUUAUCGUGCUCAUGGAAGGAUUAACCCUUACAUGUCAUCUCCCUGCCAUAUCGAGCUAACAUUGUCCGAAAAGGAAGAAUCUGUGAAAAAGGAGGCUGAAACCCAAUUGGCAGCAAGCAAAUCUAGGAAGGCUUAGUUAAGUUUGUCAUUAGAGUUUAAGCAGUCACUUUAUAAAUCUUCACAAGUGUUUUUUCCAAUUUUCUAAUUCCCUUUCAUAACAAGUUUUUUUUUUUUUUUUUUUUUUUUGCGGUCUUGGUCGCUUGCAGAUCAGUUCUUAUUGCUUCCUUCUAUGAGUGUAAA